AUGGUUUCAGGGCCACUGGUAGGUGACGAAGCGAGCAACAAGGCUUAUUCCCGAAAGAACCAGAGCUACUCCAAGAAUCCCAAUCAUGUCCUACACCACUCGUCGCCUCCCCAGAACAUGACGCAAGUCCGUGGCGCGCUGGCGUCGAACGACUCGUCGAGCGACAAUGGCUCGCUUCCUGGCCUUGCUGAGCCAGACAAUGGACCACGCGGGUAUUCAAAGUUCGGGAACAUGGUGCGGAUUCAGUUGGAUUCUUGGUCCAAGGCUGACCUAAGAGAGAUUAAGUGGAAGCUGAUGAGUGAGCUUGAACAAGUCAGGUGCUUGGUGAAGAAUCUUGAAGCUAAGGAGGCUGAGCUUAGUGAGAGGUAUGUUCAGUCACAGUUUUCAGCUGAUGAUGUUAUAGAUAAUGUUAAAACUAAAACUACAAUGAGGGUCAAUUCGGAGGUGGGUUCCGUAGGACUCCGUGAUUCGGGGCCAUAUCGGGGGUUGAGUGUUUCAGGGGCGGAGGAUGAUGGUGGAGCUGGUCAGUAUAUGGAGAAGCAGAAGAGGACGUGGAAGGCAAAUCAAUGUUCUAGGAAUUCGGAGUUUCCUAUUGGGAAGGAGAAGUUACCACCUUUAGGGAGUAGCAAGAAGUUGAAAUCCAAUGGAAGGACAAUAGAUGAGGGUGGAGUUGGGCCUUGGUUCAGGAAAGGUAAGAAUCCGAGUCCAUUGUUCAAGAGUUGUAGUACGUUGCUUGACAAGUUGAUUAAGCAUAAGUUUGGCUGGGUGUUUAAGAAGCCUGUAGAUGUGAAGGCGCUUGGGCUUCACGAUUACAAUACGAUUAUUAAGAAACCGAUGGAUUUGGGCACGGUGAAGACUAGGCUGAACGAGAAUUGGUAUAAGACUCCUGUGGAAUUUGCAGAGGAGGUGAGACUUACAUUUAAUAAUGCAAUGUUGUAUAACCCGAAAGAGCAGGAUGCUCAUCUUAUGGCGGAGCAAUUGUUGAAAAUGUUUGAAGAUCAAUGGGCGGCUAUAGAGGCCGAGUAUAAUCUUAAUAGGAGAAAUGAAAUAGGGAAUGAUUCAAAUUUGCCACCACCUGUUUCAAGAAAAAUUCAAGCUCCUGCAGCUGCUCCUCCUUUGCCAUUGGAGAUGAGGACUCUAGAUAGAGCAGAAUCUACAACAAAGUCUGUUGAUCCCAAGUUGAAACCUGUGAGUUCUGGUCAUCCAGGUCGACCACCAGUUCCGAAGAAGCCAAAAGCCAGGGACCCCAACAAAAGGGAUAUGACUUAUGCAGAGAAGCAGAGACUCAGCACAAACCUUCAGACUUUGCCUUCUGAGAAACUAGAUACCAUUGUCCAGAUUAUUAAAAAGAGGAAUCUAGGGCUUUGUCAGCACGAGGAUGAGAUUGAGGUGGACAUUGAAAGUGUUGAUCCUGAAACGCUUUGGGAACUGGAUAGGUUCGUGACUAAUUACAGAAAAAGCUUGAGCAAAAAUAAGAGAAGAACAGAGCUUGCUCCUCAAUCAAUAGCAGAACCUGGCCAUGCCAUCCAGGAUAAAAAUGUGGCAACAUACACUACAGUGGCAGAAAAAGAAGCCAAAGCAGCAGUUGAAAACAACAAUAGUGCAUUUUCCCCAGUUCGAAGAGAAGAGCAAGGAGAUAAUGUGAGUGGAUCAAGUAGUUCUGGCAGUGGAUCAGGAUCCUCUUCAAGUGAUUCUGACAAUGAUAGUUCAUCUGGAUGUGGAUCAGAUUCAAAUCGUUGA